AUGACAAAAUCAGAUCCGAGAAGACGUCACGCAUCAACGGAAUUUUGUGACAUUCGAUUCGACUCGAACUGUCGAAUCAUUCGGUCUGAUCGCUUGAGCCCGGUUAUUUCCGGGGUUGAUUUAAUGAUCACCGAGAUUCAGGAGUGGCUCUGUGAGAAACGGGAACGCCUGGACGAAGUAGAUCGAGUGAUGGCCACCAGUCACCUAACGCCGGACGAUAAGGAAGCCUAUCGUGCAUUUGUGGGCAAACAGUACGCUCAAUUCCGUCAACUAGAAUCCGAAUUAGAUAUGCAUACACAACGCAUUCAACAAGUGUUUCAGAACGUAGUUAACACCAUUGUCCAAUACCCCAAAUUGUCGGAUCGAUUGAAGGCCAAGUUGCAGGAAAUCACCAGAGAUUGGGAUGAACUGCGACGUCUGAUGCGAGACCGUUUAGCGUGCAUGGUUCAAGUCCACCGAGGUAGGUUGUUCGCUCUCCUGCCCCGUGCGACCAAAUCGCUUGGUCCAACUCCUUUUCCUGUUACAAAACUUCUUCGUAUAUUCUGUGUUACAGUCCUGUGCUGUGAUCAGUUAUGUAAUGGUUACUCUCUGCUGACUAUCUUUAUCAUUUGA